AUGUCACUUUUACAUGCCCUUCGCCAUGAAACUAAACCCGUUGCAUUGUCUACUGUACCCCGCGAGCUAGAUCUGACCCCCGCAACCGCAGCCGAACAUGCUCCAGACCCGCAGGAUUCUGUAGAAGGCAACUCGACUCCUAGAGAUGGCCAACCUGUCUUUGAACAGACGCUGCCCAGCCGGACGACCAAAUCGCGUCGAGUGGUCAUUACUGCACUUCUUGUCUUAGCCAAUAUUGUACAGAUGACAGUCAAUUUUGCAGGCAUUGCCGGAGGAAGCGCCUUGAGUGAAUCAUUGGGUGCUGAAAAGACCUACGCCUCAUGGAUUGCUGCUAGCUAUGCUCUAACCCAAGGUACCUUCGUGUUGGUUAGUGGUCGAUUGGGAGAUGUUUAUGGCCAUCGAGAACUCGUCUUAGCCGGGGGUGUCUGGCUCACCAUCUGCACUCUAGCCAAUGCGUUUUGUAACAACUUCUUCGCCUUUGUCACGAUGCGGGCUUUAGCUGGCCUUGGAGGGGCAUUAAUCAUGCCUAAUGCAGUGGCUAUGAUAUCCAGUACCAACCCCCCCGGUCGCGUGCGAAAUCUGAGUCUAGGUCUCUUUGGUGCAUCGGCCCCAGUAGGAGGAUAUUUUGGGGCUUUGUUGCUGGGUGCCUUUCUACAGCAGACAGAAUGGAAGUGGUUUUUUAUCUUCAUUGCCUGUCUUGGUGUUAUCACAUUCACUCCGCUCUGGGCUUUGAGUCCGCGAGAACCGCCGGUUGAUCGUCAUGGAAAGAUUGACUGUAUUGGAUCGGCUCUUGGAACAAGCUCAUUGAUUCUAUUCAACUUUGUUUGGAAUCAAGCCCCAAGUGUCGGUUGGUCAACCUCCUAUGAGAUUGUUCUCCUGAUCAGCUCAAUUAUCCUAUUCGGGGGCUUCCUGCUUUGGGAAAGGAACUACGCCGCGGAACCCAUCAUGCCACUCGAAAUCUUCAAGGCCCCAUCCUUCCUCAUGCUGCUUUUGGUCGUGCUUCUCAAUUAUAUGGCUGUCGGAACCUUGAUCUGGUACCAGGUGCUCUGGCUCCAAAAGGUCUGGCAUUGGUCUCCCCUCCAAUUUGCCGUGGGUUGGACCCCAUUCGUGAUUUGCGCCACGGGCGCUGCCUGUCUCGCAGCAUGGAUGAUCCCGCGAAUGGCAGCACAAUGGAUCCUGGCCAUUGGAACGGUUACGAUCUUAAUUUCGAAUGUGCUCAUGGCGACCGUGCCAAUCCACCAAUCCUACUGGCCCCAGAUUUUUCCUUCUGUGGUUCUGUUCUCAUUCUGCCCGGACUUCGUGUACACGGCUGGCCAAAUCAUUGCCAGCAACUCCGUCCGUCGAAAUCAACAAGGAAUCGCUGCGUCCGUCAUUGGCACCCUGAAUCUAUAUGGAAACAGUCUCGGACUAGGGUUUGCAUCCACAAUCGAGGUGCAAAUUGCCCGCCGCUCGGGUAGCCAAAUCAUGGGGUAUCGAGCGGCACUUUUCUUCGGGGUUGCCAUCAGUGUCUUAGCGCUUAUACUUGAUGUCUGCUUUGUCCGACUAGUCAAGGAUAAUCGGGAGGGGUGGCAUGAGGAUGACCACAUGGAGGAAAUUGAGCUGACGGAGCAGGCCGAAGCUACCGGUGUCCAUCUACCAAAUGUAAACCACUAA